GGGCGCUGAGGGGUCCUGCAGACUGAAGACUUAAAUCCAAGGUCAUGGCAAAACAUCUGAAGUUCAUUGCCAGGACUGUGAUGGUACAGGAAGGGAACGUGGAAGGUGCAUACAGGACCCUAAACAGAAUCCUUACCACGGAUGGGCUCAUUGAGGACAUAAAGCGACGGCGAUACUACGAGAAGCCUUGCCGCCGGCGACAGAGGGAAAGCUAUGAAACCUGCCGGCGAAUCUACAACAUGGAAAUGGCUCGCAAGAUCAACUUCUUGAUGCAAAAGAAUCGGGCGGAUCCAUGGCAGGGCUGCUGAGGCCUGUGGAUAGGAGGCCCCAUGUGAAAAUCCUUAUCCAGCUGUCUCCACUUCUUUUCUUUCUCCCACCCCAUUUUC